GUUGUCAAAAGAGAAGGCACUGGGACAGAAUCUCCAAUGAUAGGUGAUAAAGUGACCGUCCAUUACACAGGAUGGCUUCUUGAUGGCACAAAAUUUGACUCCAGUCUGGACAGGAGAGACAAAUUUUCAUUUGACUUGGGGAAAGGUGAGGUGAUCAAAGCAUGGGACAUUGCUGUGGCAACUAUGAAGGUUGGUGAAAUCUGUCGGAUUACAUGUAAACCAGAAUAUGCCUACGGCUCAGCUGGGAGCCCCCCAAAGAUACCUCCCAAUGCUACACUGAUUUUUGAGAUAGAACUUUUUGAGUUCAAGGGGGAGGACCUCACUGAUGAUGAAGAUGGUGGCAUAAUCCGAAGAAUCCGUAAAAAAGGAGAAGGCUACUCCAAGCCCAAUGAGGGUGCACUUGUAGAGAUCCAGUUUGAAGGUCGAUAUGGAGAUCGUGUUUUUGACAGACGGGAAUUGCAGUUUGAGAUUGGAGAAGGUGACAACUAUGAUCUUCCUCAUGGUCUGGAGAAAGCGAUUCAAAAAAUGGAGAAAUCAGAGGAAUCUGUGUUCUAUCUCAAACCCAACUAUGGUUUCGGGAGUGCUGGGAAGGAGAAAUUUCAGAUCCCUCCAGAUGCAGAGCUACAGUAUGAAGUGAAACUCAAAAGCUUUGAAAAGGCUAAGGAGUCUUGGGAAAUGAACACAGAUGAGAAGCUGGAACAGAGCGGCAUUGUGAAGGAGAGAGGCACUCAGUACUUCAAGGAGGGAAAAUACAAACGGGCAGCAUUACAGUAUAAGAAGAUUGUGUCGUGGUUGGAGCAUGAAUCUGGACUCUCCGAUGAGGAGGAUACGAGAGCCAGAAGCUUGAGGCUUGCUGCCCACCUUAAUCUAGCUAUGUGCCAUCUCAAACUAAAAGAAUACUCCCAGGCUUUGGAGAACUGCAACAAGGCACUCCAGUUGGAUAGCAAUAAUGAAAAAGGCCUCUUCCGGCGUGGAGAAGCACACUUGGCUGUGAACGACUUUGAAUUGGCCCGGGGAGAUUUCCAGAAAGUGAUACAACUUUACCCAAGUAACAAAGCUGCCAAAGUGCAACUGGUAACUUGUCAGCAAAAAAUACGGGAGCAGCAUGAAAAAGAGAAAAAGAUGUAUGCCAACAUGUUCCAAAGGCUUGCAGACAAAGACUUAAAGUCAGCUGCUGCUCUUCAAAUCGGCCACACUGAAGAUGCAGAAAUGAAAGAUGAGCGGAAUGGAGUUGAAGAUAAAUCAGAAGUUGACACAGAAGCAUAAAACCAAACCCUAUUCCAUUAGUUUUGUAAAUGAAAGAAUUUCCAGUGAAUUAGACCUUUAUUUUUCUACCUGGUUGGACAGUAGCUUCAGGGGAGCAGAGGCUGAAGCCACCAUGCCACAGUCAGUUACAGCUUUGUAUGUCUGUUGAAGCUGAGUGGCAGCAUAAAGCUGGUUUAAUCCUAGGGACUUUAUUUAUUCAGCCUCUGUUCUGUCUGGAUUUACUCUGCUUGGUUUAUUUGCAUUUUGCCAUUGGUGUUUGUCUCUUUCU